CACACAUGCACACGCACACGCACUUACACUCUCGGCACGGAUCUGCUCUCCCGCUUCUCUCUCUUUCUCUCUCUCCCUUUCUUUGUCUCAUCCACUUUCAUUCACUCUCUCUCUCUCUCUCUCUCUCACACACACACACACACACACACAUACUGUACACACACACACACACACAGACACACUUGCACCCACAUGUUCCGACUUAACCUACUCGCUCACACACAAUCACCUUCUCCUCUCUCUCUGCUUGCCUUUUUUCCCUACACUCAUCGCUCGCUCUCUCUCACACACACAAAUGCAGAUUGACUUAGGCUUGCUAGGACUGCUCUUCAGAGAAAAAAAACACAUUGUAGAAAUAGAAAGAGUAUGAAGAAGCAAGAAGAGGAAGAGAAUAGGGACUGAAAGAAUAGAAGAAGAAGGGAAAGAAGAAAAACAAGCUAAUGAGAAGGACUUGAUCCAAAUCCACAUCCUCAGAGGGCAACUUAGAUGCUGAAGCGAAGUCCCUCACACCUCAGAUAACAUCCUUCGGGAGCGGUGACAACCAAAAGGUGUUAGCCUGUGUGUGUGUGUGUGUGUGUGUGUGUACGUGUGCCUGCCCCACCUAUCGUGCUUGAGUGUGAGUGUGUCCACCUUUCCUGGCCUGACUGAGUGUAUUUUGUGUGUGAGAGAGAGAGAGAGAGAGAGAGAUAGCGCCAUGCUGUGGACUGUGCUGUUCGCCCUCCUGCUGCUGCUGAUCCUGCAGGCUCAACUGUGUGUGUGUCUGCGUGAGCUCCGUGCCUCCACCGCCUCUGCCCUGGCACUACCGCCACCUCCACCGCCAUCCUCCCAGGCCACCACCACCGCAACCAAUGGCACCGCCCAGCGCCUCCCGGGAGCCAUCAUCAUCGGCGUGCGCAAAGGGGGCACGCGCGCCCUGCUGGAGAUGCUUAACCUCCACCCAGAUGUGGAGGUGGCCAAGGCCGAGGUGCACUACUUCAACCUGGACGAGAACUACCGGCGGGGGCUGGACUGGUACCGUGCUCAGAUGCCCUUUACCUUGCCGGGCCAGCUGACAGUGGAGAAGACCCCCGGCUACUUUGCGGCACCACUGGCGCCGGAGCGCGCCUGUCAGAUGAACCCGGCGGUGCGGCUGCUACUGAUCGUGCGAGACCCAGCCGAGCGGCUCGUCUCUGACUACACGCAGGUGCUGCACAACCGUCUGCAGCGCCACAAGCCCUACCAGCCCCUGGAGGAGCUGUUGCUCCUAGACAACGACAUCAAUGGCGGCGGCAACGACAGGCACACCAGGCGCAUCGACCCCGGCUACAAGGCCCUCCAACGGAGCCUCUACCAUGUCCACUUCCAGCGCUGGCUGGAGCACUUCCCACGCGAGCAGAUCCAUGUGGUGGAUGGCGAGGCGCUGGUCCGAGAUCCGUACCCAGAACUGCGCAAGGCCGAGCUCUUCCUGGAGCUGCCACCGCGCAUCAGGCCGUCCAACUUCUACUUCAACGCCACCAAGGGCUUCUACUGCCUGGUCUCCGCCGGGCACGACAAGUGCCUGGACGAGUCCAAAGGGCGGCCGCAUGCACCGCUCAGCCAGAGAGCGUUCCGUAAGCUAUGCCGCUUCCUGCGGGAGCCCAACAACCGCUUCUUUGACCUGGUAGGUCGGACUUUUCGCUGGUGCUGAUAGUUCUAGCAAAGUCAAAUGGACCUAUAAGUGUAUUUACUGUAUGUACUAGAGAUGCAGCAACACCUGUCUCUGGAAAACAGUUUCUAAUACCACUUGUAAAUCAAUGGCCAGGGUCGGGCCAAGGUUAUUUGACCCAUGUCCAACUCAUCUUUGCCAGUUCAUGGCAGGUUGUGGCAAUUCAGAGAGGACCUGGGUCACAACCCAGGAAAGGAACAACAAUUAGCAAUACAAUAGCAAAACAACAGCAAGGUUGUUAGCAAACCAGGUGGAGCCAGUCACACUGAAACGGACUCUGGUUGGACAGGGGGCUUUUAAAAAGAAAAUCAACCAUGGUUGAACUCUGGUCGACACCUUGGUAGGAAACAUUCCUGACUACUGUGGUUUAUGUGUGGGUGAGGGAGUCCAUGUCCUGAUCACUGGAGAAUCUCGGAAAGUGUGCACAAUGGAAUAGAUGGGCCAACAAGGGGACCACCAAUGCAACUGCUGAAAAAUGACACAGCAUGUUUCAGUAAUCACUCUGAGAAGAGGACAGCAACAUAAUAGACAUGCAAUAUCUAUAAACAUUAGAGUAAACAUUUUGUUUACUUUAUCUACAGUCUUGUUAGUUUGUGUCUGAGUCUGUGGCUAGAAACAUAAGCGGUCAGUACUAUAACACAUCUAGGCCGAAGAGUAGCCUAAUAGCUCUAUUGACUACUACAACUGAUGUUGGGGACAGUACAAUCCAAUUUGAAACUCUAGACCAUCACUCACAUUGCAAUAGCAAUUAGUUCCAGCUCCCCAAGUGCCCAUAAUGUUUGGAACUCAUCAACUGAGAGCUGUACUAUUUUUGUCUGUAUGCUAUAUUAUAGGUUUAGUUCCAUGUGUAAAUAUCUUCCAGGCUCAGAACUGAUGAGCCUAAAUGAUCGCACCUGAGGAAACAUGUCUCUCUUCAGAAAGGCUUUGGAGGAAUGUUCAUUUUCUAUUUAAUACCAUGACAUGUAGUUUAUAUAAAUUACAGGUGUUUGUUACUGUAGGUAUUUGGAUCUAUGUAUUUAAGUUGCCUAAUGUUUAAAGUAUGUGUGUCACUUUCACUGCAUUGCCACUGCGAUUUUUUCUUUUUACAUUUAUUUUUUCUGAAUACAACUGCUAUCUUAAAUUAUUUUUGCAAUUAAUUAUUUUGAAAUAUAUGAAUUGCAUUUCAGUGCACAGCAGUUUUAUUUAUUAUUAUUUCUAUUUCAGUGAAUAAAUGCAGAA